UCAGUACUAGCUUGUACCACACCAUCAUCAUAUCCCUAUAUACAUUGUUCUUUGCACCGAAGAGGAGAGUCCACGGAGAUGUUAGGCAGGAAUGGCUUAUUCAUCAUUCUGCUACUCUUUGUAUCUUCUGCUGCUGGACAUGCCAAAGUUCAAACCAAAGUAGAAACAAAGACCUGCCCCAGCCUAAAGAGCCCAUGCUGUUUCAAAAAGAUGAAGUGCCCAGCUGAAUGCCCAACUUCAUAUCCAAAAGAUCCCAAUGCAAAAGCUUGCUAUGUCAACUGUUAUUCACCCAUAUGCAAAGCAGAGUGCAAAAAACGCAAACCAAACUGCAAUGCUCCCGGAGCAGGAUGCUAUGAUCCCCGCUUCAUUGGUGGAGACGGCAUCGUUUUUUACUUCCACGGCAAGAAAAACGAGCAGUUCAGCUUAGUUUCCGAUCUCAACCUUCAAAUCAAUGCCCGCUUCAUUGGCCUCCGGCCAGCAGGCCGAACCAGGGACUACACUUGGAUUCAAGCCCUCGGGGUUCUCUUUGACUCCAACACUUUCUCCCUCGAGGCCGCUACAGCAGCGACAUGGGAUGACGAAGUUGACCAUUUGAAAUUCUCUUACAAUGGGAAUGAGUUAACCAUACCAGAAGGCCAUCUCUCUGUAUGGAAAAGCCCUGAAAACGACAUUAGUGUGGAGAGAACAUCGGAAAAAAACAGCGUGACGAUCAUUCUCCCAGAGGUGGCAGAGAUAUCAGUCAAUGUUGUGCCCGUGACCAAGGAAGAUGACAGAAUCCACAACUAUCAGAUUCCUUCAGAUGACUGUUUUGCUCACUUGGAGGUACAGUUCAGAUUCUACGGCCUGUCCUCGAAAGUUGAAGGAGUGCUUGGCAGGACUUACCAGCCGGAUUUCGAGAAUCCGGCAAAGCCAGGGGUAGCAAUGCCAGUCGUGGGAGGUGAGGACAAGUACAGAACCACAUCACUUCUCUCAACGGAUUGUAGCUCUUGUGUUUUCUCUCCAGCUGAAGUUUCAGAGCAAAAGGACUCGUCGGUGAUGCAAUAUGGCAUGCUAGACUGCACUGGUGGAGCUACCGGUGGAAAUGGAAUAGUUUGCAGGAAGUAAGUACUGUACCAAAUUUGGUGCAUCCUUUAACAAUAAAUUAAGGUCAUGUUUCUUCAAUCGUGUGAGUGAGGUGGAUCUGUUCUUCUAUGAGUCCAGGAAUAAAUUUCCAGCUCUCAAACUUUAUCUUUUUGUCGAAUUUAUGGUCACACUGUCUGAGUGUAUGACCCUUUUCUUUCAUUUAA